AAUACAAAACGGUCAUAAAGUUCUUUUAAUGACAAAGCCGAAAGUUAUUUUGUAUUGUCGAUUCAACUACGGUGAAAUGAUUGUAAAGACAAAAAAUAAUCAUUUCGAAAUUAAAUAAUGAAUUUUAUUAACGGGCUAUCAGAACAAUGUCAAUUCAGUUGGAAAACAGAGCUGUGGGACAACAUGGAGCAAAUAUUUAUUUUAAAGAAUUUACUGUAUCUGCCAGUUCGGAAGUGAAAACAUAUAAAUUAGGUGCUUUUUACUUCGUACGAAAGUCUUUAGAAUAUCCGGUCGCAAUCGCUGAAUUUCAACUUAUCUGGAAGAAUACUAAAGAUGGUAAAACCUAUGCAUCUGUUAAAUUAUAUUUUAAUCCGAAUGAUAUCAACCCUGAUGUUCACAAAUUUGAGGGGAUUGGAAAAGACGAAGUGCUGGAGGCGGACCAGCAUACUGUAAUAGAAUGUAUCAAGUUUCCACAAUGGGAAUGCCACUCUUCGCUGUGGUAUAAAAACCUUGGUGGGCUAGCAUAUAAUGGUAUUCCGCAAGAAUUCUACCAAGAUGGAACAGGUGUUGUUAUAAUAAAUAUCAAUGUCAAAAAAGGGACAGAUGUUAAAAUACUAAGCUAUCCUCAGUAUUGCCGUUAUAAAACAUGCCUUAGAAUGCUAAGAGCAGGAAUAAAAAUGACUGGAAAGACAUUACUGUCUCGAGGUGGCCUGGCUGUCAGCAAUACAAACACAGUAGUGCUUUUUUCAAGAUGGCGCUUCAAAAAAGAUGACAUUCAUACAUUUUCUCUAACAGCUGAUAUCCAAGUUCCGGUUUUCAAGGGUCGACCUAGAAAAAAGAAAAACCAACCAAAUGUGAAUCUUCCUGAUGAAAAGAUGGAUCUUUUCAUGCACCAGGAAAAGGAGGAGGAAUCAUCAAAUGAUAAAAAUUGGUCAGUUCCUGUUACACGGAUAGCAGUAAGUGCAGAUACAUCAACAAUCCAACUGAAAAGAGUUUCACAUAAGAAGAAUGGCUCAAUAACAUCUGAAUUACAAUUGAAGUCUUUGGUCCCAUUAGAUUACAGGAAGAACUCUCAUUCUACAGAUGCUCAAGAAUUUAAUGCAGAACUAAAUGAAUUUAUGACAAAACGAGCCACUCCAAUUUUAAAAAUACCUAGUGUUGGUUAUGCAAAAGUCGAUUUGUACAGACUAUACACAUUGGUGGCUUCGCAUGGUGGAUAUGGCCAAGUGACCUUGAGAAAACAGUGGAGGGCAGUGUAUGAUUGCCUGGGACAUUGCAGCUCUAUAACCAACGCAGCGACGUGCACGAGAAAGGCUUACGAGAAACUACUCUUGCCGUUUGAGAGACAUUUGAGAAAUAGAAAACAAACUGAACGGAAACAGAGGACGAAAAGCAUCAAUGAAGUGGCAAGAAAGUUGACCGAGAAGGAAGAGGUGAAUAUGAUUUCAAAAAACGUUCAAGCAGGUAACGAUGGCUCCAAGCUGAUACCGCCCCUGCAGGAGGGAGAUGCGUUUAGGCUAAUGAUCCAAAAAAGGAGGGGACGCCCUUCAAAAGAAUUUAGGGAGAAGAUCGAAAGACUGAAAAGCAUGAAGCAAAAAGUGGAAGUGGAAAUCUACCCUCCUUUAAGCAAACAUUCAAAGUUGCCGGCAUGGUUAAAUUCCUUGAACGUCGACAUUGUUAAUCCUCGACGUAAACGGGGAUUGUCGUCGUCUCCUGAGAACGAACAAAGUGUCCCAACUAAGAAAACUCUACAUGAUGUUUCUGUCAGAUCAGAUUAUCCAUCCGAAAAGGGUGACAAUGUAGUGUUAAAUGGAACUACGCCUCCAGAAGGAAACGUGCAGUCCUCGGGGAGAUUUGUUAAAGAAGAGUCUCAAAUAGAGACAAUUUCUUCGGUAGAUUAUAACGAAGUACACGUAACGCCACGUGUAACUGAUUCUUAUAACAUGGUAUCACCUCACGACGAUUCACGUGUGGUAAGAAAUUCUAGUAUACCGCUUGAGCCUACUGUGGUUAGUGAGUCUACUUUAGCUCAUGAAACCGUACAACAUAACUUAUGUGAGUUUGAGAUCAAAUCUGUGCGCAGUUUGGCUCCUGGUCACGUGCAGCCGCAGUCGGCAAAUGUGUCGCAUUAUAUUAACUUUCAUGACAAUUCUCCAACGCACACCAUAACUGUCCCACAUUCUGUGUUGUCGUAUCGCGAUUUUCCGUCUUUGAAACAAAGUCCGACGAAGCACUUGCAUUAUCAAAACAGUUACACCUUUCAGGACGCAAAGUUUUCUGCGCAAAGGUUUAGACACAGUGAAGUCCCAGUGCAAUCAUUGAGGUCGUUCAUCGGAGGUGAAAAUUAUGAGAGAUGCAAGACUUCUACCAGUGACGCGAAAAGUUUUGGUCAUCGUCGUCAGCAGUACGCAUCAUCUAGAAGUCAAAAUCGACGUUAUCGUCAACGUGACGAAACAGGUCGUUAUCCAAAUAAUCGAUACAUUGAUCAAAAGCAAAUUUGCAGUGAACCUAGGCGUGUUUAUCAAGGGUACAGUGAACCUCCUAGUGAAUAUGGAUACUCGGUGGUGUAUGCGACUCAACCUGCAUACCAGAAAGAACAGCGUACUCGUGGAAUUGAGCAUGGUGACAUUUCUUGUCACAUGGAACACAAAGAACACGGUGCCAACCGUCACUCCAUAAUGUCUGUCAACGGAAAAAAUGAAAGACAUGCAUAUAACCCGGCUCGAACUACUGACGAUUUUAGUUUAACGUCGCGCGCGCAGCGGGUAAAUCGAGGAGAGACCUCGGAACACUUUCGCGUUAUAAAGCCAGAGACAUUAUUUUCAUAGACAAAAAAUGUGCAGUCUUCUACUGUGAUUAAUCUAUGAAGAUGUACUUCUAUCCUGUUCUAAGCAUAGAUAGAAACUUUUAUAGUGGAUAAGCUUUAUAUGUUCUAGAACAUACUGCACUCUGUUUUUUUACAUGUAUUUAAAAAUCUUUUAUUAUAAGUAGUUUCACAAGUAAUAAUUUUUAGCUGGUUUUUAUUUAAUUUUAUCAGUUAGCCAUGUUUUUUAAUAACCUUUGUCUCUCGUUAUCUAGAUGAUAUAUCUUUCGACUUCAGUUUAGGAGAAUUUUUUCUGUGAUUUUUUAGCACAUACAAGCACAUGUACGUUUUCAUGCAUAUAUAUAAGAAGUAGUAAUUGUUUACGAUUGUUAAGUUACAUUUAAAACCUUGUUUAUAUUUAAAUUUUAUUUAUAUGUGCAUAAUUUUUGUUUGUGAAUUUUUUUGGUUAAAAUGUCAAAUUAUAAAAUUUUUAUGUAUAUAGUUUUGUAUUGAUAUCUAAUGUAAUCCAUUUAUCUAA